CGGCCCCGCCUCCGGCGCUGGGGCAGGAGGAGCGGCGAUGGCGGCGCGGCGGGCCCCGGCGCUGGGGCCGCUGCUGCUGCUGCUACUGCCCCCGGUGCUGCUGCCGCCGGUGCGGGCGGGCGCGGGGGACGCGCGGCAGGAGCAGGCGGUGCAGGCGCUGGCGCGGCGGCUGCUGGGCCCGCGCGCCGCCGCCGUGGCGCUGUCGGUGGACGCGGCGCUGGCAGAGGACGGGACCGGCACCGACACCUACUGGCUGCGCUCCCCGCCCGGCGCCGCCGUGGCUGUGGCCGUGACGGGCUCCAGCGGGGUGGCGGCGGCCGCCGGCCUCUAUCGGUACCUGCGCGACUUCUGCGGCUGCCACGUCUCGUGGUCCGGGGCGCAGCUCCGCCUGCCCGACCCGCUCCCGCGGCUGCGGGCCGAGAUCCGCGCCGCCGCCCCCGGCAGGUACCGGUACUACCAGAACGUCUGCACCCAGAGCUACUCCUUCGCAUGGUGGGACUGGGCGCGCUGGGAGCGCGAGAUCGACUGGAUGGCGCUCAGCGGCAUCAACCUGGCGCUGGCCUUCGUGGGGCAGGAGGCGACCUGGCAGCGGGUUUACCGCUCGCUGGGCCUGAACCAGACGGACAUCGACGAGUACUUCACGGGGCCGGCGUUCCUGGCCUGGAACCGCAUGGGGAACCUCCAUGGAUGGGCAGGGCCGCUGCCGCCUGCCUGGCACCUCAAACAGCGCUACCUGCAGUACCGGAUCGUGGAGAGGAUGCGCUCGCUGGGGAUGCUCACGGUGCUGCCGGCCUUCGCCGGCUACGUGCCCCAGGGGGUUCUGCGGGUUUUCCCACGUGUGAAUGCCACUCGCCUCGGGGGCUGGAGCCACUUUGACUGCACCUACUCGUGUACGUACCUGCUGGAUCCGCAGGACCCCAUGUUCCAGGUGAUCGGGACCCUCUUCCUGAAGGAGCUGAUCAAGGAGUUUGGCACAGACCACAUCUACAGUGCCGACACCUUCAACGAGAUGACCCCCCUCUCCUCUGACCCUGCUUAUCUCUCGAGGGUCAGCAACGCCGUCUUCAGGUCGAUGACGGGAGCCGACCCCAAGGCGCUGUGGCUGAUGCAGGGCUGGCUCUUCCAGCACCAGCCCGAGUUCUGGCAGCCGGCGCAGGCGCGGGCGCUGCUGCGCGGCGUGCCCCUCGGCAGGAUGAUCGUUCUUGACCUCUUUGCCGAGUCCAAGCCCGUCUACCAGUGGACAGAGUCCUUCUACGGGCAGCCCUUCAUCUGGUGCAUGCUGCACAGCUUCGGGGGCAACCACGGCCUCUUCGGCACCGUGGAGGCCAUCAACCACGGCCCCUUCGCGGCCCGACGCUUCCCAAACUCCACCAUGGUGGGCACCGGCGUGGUGCCCGAGGGCAUCGAGCAGAACGACAUGGUGUACGAGCUGAUGAACGAGCUGGGCUGGCGCCACGAGCCCCUCGACCUCCCGCGCUGGGUGACCCGUUAUGCCGAGCGCCGCUACGGUGCCCCGAACGCCGCCACAGCCGGCGCCUGGCGGCUGCUGCUCCGCAGCGUCUACAACUGCACCGGCGUCUGCGUGAACCACAACCGCAGCCCGCUGGUGCGCCGCCCGUCCCUGCACAUGGACACGGAGCUGUGGUACAACGCCAGCGACGUGUACGAGGCCUGGCGCCUGCUGCUGAGGGCCAGCGCGGAGCUGGGCUCCAGCACCACCUUCCGCUACGACCUGGUGGACGUGACGCGCCAGGCGGCGCAGCAGCUCGUGAGCGGCUUCUACCAGAGCAUCCGCAGCGCCUUCCAGAGCCACGCGCUGCCCGAGCUGCUGACGGCCGGCGGCGUCCUCCUCUACGACCUGCUGCCGGAGCUCGACAGCCUCCUCUGCAGCCACAGCCUCUUCCUGCUGGGCCGCUGGCUGGAGAGUGCCCGCGCCGUGGCCACCAGCGACCGGGAGGCCGAGCAGUACGAGCUGAACGCCCGGAACCAGCUGACGCUGUGGGGACCCAGCGGGAACAUCCUGGACUACGCCAACAAGCAGCUGGGGGGGCUGGUGCUGGACUACUAUAGCGUGCGCUGGAGCCUCUUUGUGUCCAUGCUGGUGGAGAGCCUCAACUCGAGCAGCCCCUUCCACCAGGACCAGUUCAACCAGGCUGCCUUCCAGGUGGAGAGAGGCUUCGUCUACAACAAGAAGCGGUACCCAGCCGUGCCGGCCGGGGACACGCUGGAGAUCGCCCGGAAGAUGUUCCUCAAGUACUACCCCAGCGCCCGCGCUGGGACACUGUGACUUUGGGCAGCACCCCCCGUGUCCUCCCUCCCCAGCCAGCCUGGAGCCCCCGCUUCCUGCGCAUGAGGGGCUGGCAGCAGGAUGAGGGGCAGGCUCUGCCCCAGGGACCCCCCCUGCGCCGUGCUCUGUGCUCAGCCAUGAGCAGCAGCAGCGGGUGCAGCAGCCCCAGGGGAAGGGGGGAACCAGCCUCACCCCCAGUGUGGGCUUUGUGCUCCCUGCUCCAUGGACCCCAGUGCCUGCGGGGACCCCCCCUCACUUUGUGCCUUUUGUAUUGAAAGAGACUUUGAGGAGGUUUCUGUUGGGCCGCGCUCCCCGGGACAGGGAUUCCGAGGCCUUUCCCCGCCUGAGGAGCAAUUAAAGUCCCGGCUGCCGAGUG